ACAGCUGAAAUCAAUUUUCUUUCUUUCCACACCCUUACAAUUUCAUUCACAUAUAUCCUCGUUAUACAUAAUUUCCAUCAUCACCUACCAUAAACUAAUUAACAAUGGCUGAAAUCAUUGCCUCUGAACUCCUGAAAGCUGUUUUUGAGAAGCUGUCUUCUGAAGCCUUGAAGAAAAUCGGACGGUCCCAAGGAAUCCAGUCAGAACUGAAGAAACUAGAGAGGACCCUAACCCAGAUCCAGUCUCUCCUUAACGAUGCUUCUCAGAAGGAAAUAACUGAUGAAGCUGUUCAAAACUGGCUCAGUGGUCUCCAGCAUCUGGCUUACGACAUUGAUGACGUACUUGAUGAUCUGGCAACAGAAGCUAUGCAUCGUGAGCUCACCCAGCAAUCUGGAGGCAUCACCAGCAAGGUAAAAAGGCUUGUCCCAACUUGGUACACAAAUUUAUCACUAAGUCAGAGGGUGCAUCACAAGUUAGAUGAUAUUACCACCAAAUUACAAGAUCUAGAGAAGGAGAAGGUUAGUCUUGGUUUAAUUGUAAAAGAUGAAAAGUCGAAAAGAAUUUAUCAGACCUCUUUGGUAGAUACAUCUAGUAUUGUUGGACGGGAAAAGGAAAAGAAGGAAUUGCUUGUGAAGCUAUUAGGGGACGAGCCAUGUGAUAAGAACUUUAGCAUCGUGCCUAUAGUUGGUAUGGGUGGGUUAGGGAAAACCACUCUAGCUAAACUUCUGUAUGACGAUGAGAAAGUUAAGAAGCACUUUGAACUAAUGGCUUGGGUUUGUGUCUCUGAUCCGUUUGAUAUCUUUAGUAUAAGCAAGGUAAUCUUACAAUCUGUGAAUGGAGAAAACGAGGAAUUUGCAGAUUUAAAUCUGCUUCAAGUAGCUCUUAGAAAUCAACUUAAGGAGAAACGAUUUUUGAUAGUAUUAGAUGAUGUUUGGAGUGAAAGCUAUGAGGAGUGGGAGAGCCUUGUGAGCCCAUUUCAUGAUUGUGCUCCCAGAAGUAAAAUUAUAAUGACGACGCGGAAGAGGAAACUGCUCGAAGACCUACGUUGCGGUGAUCUAAGCUCUCUGCAAACUUUUUCAGAUGACGAUGCUAUGUCUUUGUUUGCUCAACAUGCGUUGGGUGUAAAUAACUUUGAUUCGCAUCCAAUCCUCAGACCAUAUGGUGAAGACAUUGUGAAAAAAUGUGAUAACUUGCCUUUGGCCUUAAGAGUACUUGGGAGGUUAUUUAGCACAAAGACUAAAGAAGAAGAUGAGUGGAAGGAGCUGUUGAAUAGUAACAUAUGGGAAUCACGAAAGGAGGGUGAGAUUAUCCCAGCCCUCAGAUUAAGCUACCAUGAUCUUAAGGCAUGUUGGAAACAGGUGUUUGCAUACUGCUCGUUGUUUCCCAAGGACUAUGUAUUUGACAAAGACGAUUUGAUUAAACUUUGGAUGGCGGAAGGCUUUUUGAACCAGUCAUCUUCAAACGAGUCAAUGGAAAGCUUAGGUCUUGAAUACUUUGAAGAGUUGUUUUCAAGGUCAUUUUUUCAGUAUGCACCCAAUGACUCGUCGUUGUUCGUGAUGCAUGACUUGCUUAAUGACCUGGCCAUAUCUGUCGCUGGAGAAUUCUUUUUAAGGUUAGACGAUGUUAUGAAGGAUACUAGGAAGAAAGAUCCGGAAAGGUAUCGCCAUAUGUCAUUUGUUCGUAAGGAAUAUGAAGCAAACUCGAAGUUCAAGCCCAUCGAAAGUGCUACAAGUUUGAGAACAUUCUUAGCAGUGUCCGUUGAACUCGAAGAUAGUUGGGGAGAAUUCUACUUAUCUAGUAAGAUUCUGGUUGACUUACUUCAGAAGUUACCACUUUUAAGGGUCCUGUGUUUGAGUGGUUAUUUCAUUAGCGAGGUACCAGAGACCAUUGGCAGUUUGAAGCACUUGCGGUACCUUAAUUUAUCUCGUACUUUAAUCACAUGUCUACCAGAAAAUGUCGGCAAUCUCUACAAUUUACAAUCAUUAAUCCUUUAUAGAUGUAACAGUCUAAGUAUGUUGCCCAUAAACUUCUCUAAGCUUAAAAACUUGCGGCAUCUGGAUAUUAGGGGUACUCCGCUUUUGAGUAAGAUGCCCUUAGGGAUUGGCAAGCUGAAAAGCUUACAAACUCUCUCCAAGAUCAUUAUCAGAGGAGAUAAUGGCCUUGCAAUAGCCGAGCUUAAAGACCUCACAAAUCUUCAUGGGAAGACUCACAUCAAGGGGCUGGAAAAAGUGGAAAUAGCGUCGCAUGCAUCUGAGGCAAACUUAUCGCAAAAAAGGCUAAGCGGUUUAGAACUAGAAUGGAGUGGCGUGUUUAAUGAUUCUAGAAAGAAAUCGCUAGAAAAGGAGGUCCUCGAUGCGUUGAAGCCUCAUAGUGAGAGUUUGAUAAAGCUUGGAAUAGUGUCAUAUGGGGGUAUAGAGUUUCCUGAUUGGGUUGGGGAUAUAUCGUAUCUUAAUCUGAUUAGCGUGUCUCUACGUGGCUGUAAACAUUGUACAUCUUUACCACCACUUGGGCAGUUGCCCUCACUUAAGGAGUUGUAUAUUGAAGACAUAAAUGAGGUGAAAGCUAUGGGUUCAGAGUUAAUUGGGACCGGUCGUGCAUUCACAUCACUUGAAGUUCUUGAAUUACGGAAUAUGAAGAGGUUGGAAGUAUGGUCAACUCCUAUUGAGGUCGUGUCAUUUCCAUGCCUUAAAAAGCUUGUUAUUAGAGGUUGUCCUAAUUUGGUUCAAGUGUCACCUGGAGCACUGCCCUUAUUGAAUAUUCUACAAGUAUCUGAAUGUGAUAGUGCUGUGUUGAGAAGCCUGGUUCCAGUGGCUUCAUCAGUCAAGGAGUUGAGAAUAAAAUCUAUGUUAGGGCUUAGUGAUGUGGCGUGGAGAGGUGCUAUUGAGUAUCUUGGAGGAGUUGAAGUCAUAUCCAUAAGCAAAUGUAACGAAAUAAGAUACCUGUGGGAAUCAGAAGCAAAGGCGAGUAAGGCUCUUACAAAAUUAAGGGAGUUGCGUUUUAUUAAAUGUCAAAAUUUGGUGAGACUGGGUGAGAAAGAGGAGGAUGAUUGUGGGCGCAACCUCAUAACAACUCUUAGGACGUUAAAGAUAGAAGAUUGUAAGAGUAUGGAGCAUUGUAGGUGUCCAAAUAACACUGAGAUUUUGCUCAUCGGUGGUUGUAGUUCUAUUACAUCUACUUCAUUCCCCACAACAGGAGAGCAGAAGUUCAAAUCACUUGAAAUUGAUUCUUGUGACAAACCAUUAGAAAAGGAGUUUGGAGGAGAUAACACUAGGGUUGUUAUCAACAACACAAGCAUCCCAAAGCUUCAAUAUGUACUGUUAGGCUCCUUGCCAAAUCUGACAACAAUCAUUGAAUUGAGUCACUUUAUUCACCUCACAUACCUGGUAAUAGAGAGUUGUCCAAGUAUGGAGUCAUUUCCAGAUCACGAGUUGCCUAAUCUCACCUCCUUAACAUUUCUGUAUAUAUUAAAUUGCUCAAGUAAAGAUGAUUCCUUUCCUCGUGGGCCUCCCAAACUGCAUACCCUUUUCAUAGGGGGGUUGAAGAGGCCCAUCUUAGAGUGGGGACCACAGAAUUUCCCAACCUCACUUGUCAACCUAACGUUAUUUGGUGAUCCGUCAGAAGAUGAUGAUGUGAGUAGGUGUAGUCAGUUGUCUCAUCUUCUUCCUUCAUCUCUUACUUCUCUUGCGUUAGAUGGAUUUAAGAAACUGAAAUCAGUUUCAGUGGGACUCCAACACCUCACCUCCCUCCAACAUCUCUUUUUAGCGUAUUGCCCAAAGAUGAAGCAUCUACCAGACAUUCUGCUGCCUUCACUUCUGAGUUUAAACAUUGCUGAAUGCCCAAAGCUAGAAGGAAGGUGCAGUAGAAGAGGCUCCUAUUGGUCCCGCAUCUCUCAUAUCCCCUGCAUCAGAAUAAACACAGAAAGCUUUGUUUCUUUAGUGUUCCCAAAAGAUUGUAAGUACUCUUUCAAUAAAAGUACAUUAUUAGUUCAAUAA